GCAACCGGGUCCAUGGUGGAUUAUUUUAGGACAGAGACAGAGAGAUUGGAUGACUUGAAUCCUAUCCUCUGCCCACAUUCCCUCUUCUCCGCAACGGACGCCAUUGAAGAAGAUAACUGGAGAUUCCGCCAUUGAAGAUGACUCCUUCUUCUCUCACCAGUGGUUGUUGUUCUCACACUAUCGGUUGGAAUUCGUGGACCUUGUUUUCUCGUCUUCCUAAUUCAAAUUAUAAUCACACUCUCUCUCCUCAUCGCAAGCUCAGUUACCGGAAAUUUCCUCGGGCUUGUUCGGCUGCUACUGAUCCACUAUUGGUCAAAGCUGCGAGAGGAGAACCUGUUUGCCGUCCCCCGGCAUGGAUGAUGCGCCAGGCAGGAAGGUAUAUGGCUGUUUACAGAAAGCUUGCAGAGAAACACCCAUCCUUUAGAGAGAGAUCAGAGACAACCGAUCUGAUUGUGAAAAUUUCUUUGCAGCCUUGGGAAGCAUUUCACCCUGAUGGGGUUAUUAUAUUUUCUGACAUACUCACCCCUCUCCCUGCUUUUGGGGUUCCUUUUGACAUAGAAGAAGUCAGAGGUCCUGUCAUCCAGUCUCCUAUUCGUGAUAAAGAUGCCUUGAAAGCAUUGCAUCCAAUUGACUUGGAAAAACUUAGUUUUGUAGGCGAAUCUCUUAAAAUUUUGCGCCAUGAGGUUGGUGACAAGGCUGCCAUUCUGGGAUUUGUGGGUGCACCUUGGACUAUAGCAACAUACAUAGUGGAAGGGGGUACUACUCGUACCUACACCACGAUAAAGAGCAUGUGCCACACAUCGCCUCAUGUCCUCGAGGCACUUCUGUCUCACAUAACGGAGGCAAUUACUGAAUACAUAGUUUUCCAAGUUCAGGCUGGAGCUCAUUGUAUUCAAAUAUUUGAUUCAUGGGGUGGACAACUACCACCACAUAUGUGGGAACGCUGGUCUAAGCCUUAUAUUAAACAGAUAGUAGAUGCUGUGAGGAAAAGAUGCCCUGAAACACCGCUUGUUUUCUAUAUCAACGGAAAUGGCGGUCUCCUUGAAAGGAUGAAAGAUACUGGAGUUGAUGUGAUCGGGCUGGACUGGACAGUAGAUAUGGCUGAUGGGAGAUCACGGUUGGGUCCCGAAAUUAGUGUACAGGGGAACGUUGACCCUGCUUUUUUAUUUUCUCCUCUUGCAGCUUUGACUGAUGAAAUCCAUAGAGUUGUGAAAUGUGCUGGGCCGAAGGGUCACAUCUUAAAUCUUGGACACGGCGUUCUCGUCGGAACACCAGAAGAAGCUGUUGCCCACUUCUUUGAUGUUGCAAAAAGCUUCAAGUUUGACCGAGUUAUUUUCACAACAGAGGAGCCUAAACCAGCAGUUUGAAAGUAUUGAUUCAAUUAGCUGGCCAUUUCUGUUAGUUCACCUGAUUUAUAGAGGAAUUUACGUCGUUAGUAUCACCUGGUUUAUAGAGGAUUGUACGUUGUAUGAUGACGAUUUCAGGCUGCAUAUUCUAAAUUCUGACAAAAUUCCGAUUUUUGUAAAUGUUAAUGCUGAGGAAUUGUUGUAAGACCAUAUUUAUCAACACCAAGAUUUUGGUCUCAACCUAAUAAAAUAUAAUAUGUUAUCGUUU